ACCGGUUGGUGGCAACGUCAUGGCGCGUCUGCUGCUGGCGCUGCGGGGCCUGCCCUUGCUGGAGGCGGCUGGGCGGCCGGUCCGGGGUUGCGCCGGGUCGGGCGGCGGAGACGCAGGGUCUCUUACACGGUCCAAGCUCUCUCUGAGCAAGGCUGACUGGCAGAAGAAACUGACACCUGAGCAGUUCUACGUCACCAGAGAGAAGGGAACCGAAGCGCCUUUCAGUGGGAUAUAUCUGAACAACAAAGAGACAGGGAUGUACCACUGUGUAUGCUGUGAUAGCCCACUCUUCAGCUCUGAGAAGAAGUACUGUUCCGGCACGGGCUGGCCUUCGUUUUCUGAGGCUUAUGGCACAGCAGGCUCAGAUGAAAGUCACACAGGAAUCCUGAGACGUCUGGACUCUUCCUUAGGGUGUGCUCGCACGGAGGUGGUCUGCAAGCAGUGCGAAGCGCACCUUGGCCAUGUGUUUCCUGAUGGACCCAAGCCCACUGGCCAAAGGUUUUGCAUCAACAGUGUGGCCCUGAAAUUCAAACCAAGCAAGCAGUGAGCGUCUCCUGGAGGCUCGUGCUCAGCCCGUCCUCGUGGAACCUCAAGCAUCCCACAAACAUAAGAGCAGGGAAAUGAAAGCAAUGAGGCUGAGGUGGCAUCGG